CUCCACUGGACCAAAGUGUCGAGAUAAAGAUGGUAAAGUGCAUCGGAUCAUUGCCGACAUCUUAUUUCUCAUGUCGCCUCUGUUAAAACUUGUAAAAACAUGUACAAUUCCCUCAUGAUAUUCUUUAGCAGCUGCUUUCGAUUACUUUUUAAUUGGACUAUCAUCAUUAUCAGCGAUCACACCACCAAAUUAAUCAACUGGGGAAAUUCCUCUGCUAUAUUAAUCCUUCUUUGAUAGUGUCAUCCAACAAUUGAAGACAAAGCGUUUGUGAUCAACACGACGACGACUCAGUAUCGUACUCAACAAAAAUGAAAGGAACUCAAUUGAGUAAAAUAAUUAUUCAGAUAGAACUGAUAUACUACCCAAUCGUUGCAGCUAUUGGCGUUCCAGUUAACUUGGUGACGAUUGUGAUCCUGUCCCGAGGAAAGUGCGGUCUCUCCACAUGUAUCACUCGCUACCUGGUGGCCAUGGCAGUGGCAGACCUGCUGGUGGUGAUCACUGAUGUGAUGUGGAAGCGCAUUUCAGUCACCUUUACGUGGCAUUUUAUUUUCCUGAACCUGACUCCUAUCUGUUGCAUCCGUGAGGUGCUGUUUCACGCCACCACCACCUGUUCUGUUUGGCUCACAAUCGCUUUCACCUUUGAUCGCUUUGCAGCAAUUUGUCGUCAGAAACUGAAAACCAAAUACUGCACCGAGAAAACAGCGACGGUGGUCAUUGUGUCGGUCUGUGCGUUCAGCUGUGUGAUCAACAUCCCCCGGUACCUCGAGAUUGAACCGCUCUUUAUAAUUAACAACAAGCCCUGGUUUUGUGUCGUUAAACCAAGUUUUUAUUAUUCAUGGAUAUGGACCGCUUUUCAGUUGCUUCAAUGCAUUUUAACGCCGUUUAUCCCAUUUGUUCUCAUUUUGCUGCUCAAUGUUCUGACCAUAAGAUAUAUCUUAGUGACCAAUGCUGCACGGAGAAGGCUCCGAGGCCACAGCAAUGGGGAACAUCAGAACGACGCAGAGAUGCAGAAUCGGAGAAGAUCCAUCAUUUUGCUGUUUACAGUAACGGGGAGUUUCAUUUGCUUAUGGGUGACGUAUGUGAUAACUUAUAUUCAAUACCAAGUUGAAUUUAUGGCUCUAAAUUUAACGAGUGAUGCAGGUAUUGUGCUACGAGUCGGCAAUAUGCUUCGACUUUUCAGCUGCUCCACAAACACAUGUAUUUAUGCUUUGACACAAUCCAAAUUCAGAAAGCAGCUGAAGAAUAUGAUGAAUUACCCAUUGUAUCAAAUAUUGAUUCUGAUCAGAUCAUAAGAAUUUGCUGA